AUGUCGGAGCCAAAAGCCGCUGACGAGACGGUGGACGAGAGGGUUGAUGCGGCUGACGCUCGUGAGGUUACUGGGGAAGUCAGUACAGACGAUUCGAACCACCCGAAGAUUGCAGACGUUGAGGGCGAAGCGGAUGAUGCGAACGCUGUCGAAGACUUGGACAGUGAUCGAGCGGACGAUAUCUGGGUGCGCAGCUUAAAGCGAGCGAUCGAGAAUGACAGUCUCGAGGACUUGGGCCCCCUCCUGGAGACGGAAGGAGCGCUGGAUAAGAAAUUUGAGUCUGUUAUCGCCGACGACAAAACUCCGAUAGCAGGUCUGACCCCUUUUUUAUUUGCGGCCGCUCUCGGACGGGUUGAAGUCGUCGAUAAGCUUCUGCGUCAGGGGGUGGACGUGAAUGCACAAACGACAGACUUCGGAUCGAAUGCAUUCCACCUGGCUGCCAUGUUUGGACAAGUCGAUGUGAUGCAGAGUCUCCUUUCCGAAGAGAACAGUGCACACCUUCUCGAGCAGCGGAGGCCCGAUGGAUGGAAUGCUCUAAUGUAUGCUGCUGAGUGGGGGCAGACUGAAGCAGUCAAGCUGCUCCUCGACCGGGACGCCGCGGUGGACGUUGCAGAUGAAUAUGGCCGAACUACGUUGCACAUGGCUUGUUAUCGUGGAUAUGAGAAGGUAUUUGACUUGCUCCUCGAAAGGCUUCAGAACAAGUCUGCGGCAGAUGGUUAUACUUCCGCAAAGAAAGUAAUCACGAAGAAAGAUACAUACGGGGACACGGCUCUGGACGAUGCCGCCAGUCAAGGCCACACUGGCAUUGUCCUCCGACUGUUAAACACGCCGACUUAUUUCCCGCUUUCUCCCCUCCAAGCGGACAUAGUCCGGUCAGACGAUGACCACGCGGAUGUCAUCGCGAAUGUGCUUAUGGCAUGGAAGCACGAUGACCCAUCUGAUGUCGACGAAGAGGCGAAGAAUGCGGCGGGAUACUGGGCCAUCCUGCACGGACGCAACGAGCUGAUCACGAAAUUUGGGCCCCCUCCCUUGAACAGGAACGGAGUUACUUGGGCGCAUGUGGCUGCCCUCAGCGGGUACGAAGAGACGCUGAAGCGAUUCGUCAAGAAGAGGCAACACGUUCUCAGAACGUCUCCAGGACCAACAGGGCUAACUCCGCUACAUGUUGCCGUGAAGUAUGGCCGCAAUAAACUGGCGCAAACGCUUGUGGACAUAUUAGUCAAGGAAGGAACAGACAAGGCCCAAGUGCUCAACGAUCUCCUGGUGAAAACAAAGGAAGGGCAAACACCCUUCGAGCUGGCGGCCCUCGGUGGGACCGAGAAUCACAGGGCCAUUGAAGAGUUGUUAUGGGUUGAGAUAGAUGGCAUCGUCCAAUCCAUCCCCGACUUUUUCAAUGCGCCGGAUGAGACGGCCGAUCUCGUCUUGGAGCUCGCAGCUCGAUUCGACAACCCUGGCAGCGAGAAGCCGUCCAAACUGGAGUUGCAGAAUGAUUGCAACGCCCUGCACUGGGCUGUUUUCUACCAGAACCCCAUUAUGGUCUGGUGGCUGCUGGCGAAUGGGGCUUAUACUCGAGAAAGCGACAUCACCCGAGCUGACAGUAUCAACAAAGAGAUGGGAAAGGAUGAAGAUACCAAGGACCUCAUUCAGAGACUACUCUUCGACCCUCCUCCUAUUUCAAAGCGCCGACCCCCGGUGGAUGACAACCACGCACCAUCAUUCCAAUUUGGCCCGCUCUGGAAAUACAAGUCCGACAUCUACGAGUCCCAUAUUCACAAGCCCGAUAUUUCAGGGACGAUUCUUGACUUCUACCACGGAGAGGGCAAGACGAACUUCCGGCGCAAGCGAGGCCCUCUAUUGGAUAUCAUAUACAAUCGUGGGCCCCAGAAGUUCAUGCGAUAUGACGGAUACCACGAUCUAUCCGCUCUCAAGAAGCGACUUGUCGCAAAAGAACCGGACGUAGUUCCAGGCGAACCCGAUGUGUUCAAGCCCGCCACAAAAGCCAUGGUGAAGGAUCCCAUCAAGACGGAACAGCAACAGUUGAGAUGGUUCUUCAUCCCAGUCAAUGACCUUGAACUUGCAGAGGUAAUGCCUGGAUAUCGCCUUUUGGACGCCCAAGCUAAUGGCUUUCAGGAGUUGAUGUUUGUUCGGAGAAGCUGGGCUGAACUGCCGGCUGGUGGGAGGAAGUUCUACAUGAGGCCCCAAUGUGUGAGUGAACGAAAACAGCAGCAUAAGAAUGGAACAACGACAAAGGACAAGGCGGCACAGAGUCGAGAAGCGACCAAAGUCGAUAGUUCAGAGAAACCAAAAAGCCGCAAAGGAAGGGUUGCAAUAUAUAUGCCGUUCCUGUCGUGGAUGAAGCUGCCGGCAAAGGGGGCGAAGGAACGCCGUCAGAGCGCCCCUGUCAUGGACGAGGUCACAAGAGACGACACCGCACCAGAGCAUAAGCCCAUGACUUUGGACCAAUACUAUUACGUCUCUCUUGACAAUACAAGAGAGCGGGACCAAGACCAGGUGUUGGAACGGUACAUUGGCGAAGAAAAGAAACGGCGCAAGCAAAGACGGCAAGACCAUCUUGCGAAUGGCAGCCCAAAGGAUGAAUCCAGCAGUGACAAUCUUCCUGAAAAGGAGUUCAACGAGUUGGUAGACAAGACAGCGGAGCAGAUCCUGGUGGUCCACCAGCUCUGGCUCUGGAGGCUCGACGGCGAAACCAUCAUCACCAGCACGAGUGAAGAGCCAGACGGCUCAGACAAUACUUUCAUGCAGCACAUGGUCAACGCCUUGAACCACCAGGGCAAGAACUCGCCCACCUCGGACGGCUCUUUGAUAGAGCUGAUCGUCAACACGGCCGUCGGGAUGUUCCUAAGGAAAAACAUUACAAUCAUGGACACGCGGAAAUCACCCCUGGAGGUUUUUCGAGAUUCGAUCCGAGUCGUGCGUGAUAAAGAGGCGAAACUCUUCGAAAGGUUCAAAGAGUCACUCACUUGUGGUCAUCAAGGCUACCACGGAGGCGACAGUACAUCUACUGCGAGAAGCCAUACAGACCAACAGACUCCAAGGAACAGGUUCCCGCGUGUUCAAAAAGCAGGUUCCUCAGGCAUGUCUGUGAUAUCACCCACUCCAAACCACAAAGGGCCCGGGGAAGCGCAGGAAGGUAACGACUCAACGUCCACCGCGACCAGCCACGCAGACGAGAAGGAAAAUAUCUACUACAACAUCGACCCCGAAACAACGCUGCUGAAGGAGAUCAAGGAUAUCUGUGACGAGCUCAAUAUUCUCAAGAACCUGGCUGAGGAUCAAGAGGACGUAUGGAGGCAAGUGUGCAAACUGGAAGGGAGCACCCAGACACCCGGGACGCCGUCGGCGUAUAUCACGCCCAAGGACAUCAAAGACGAAAUCACGGAAAUGGUCAAAGAGGCCGAAGCCGUGCAGAUGACCAUCAACUCCCUGCUCAACUUGAAACAGAAACAGGCGAACCUGGAGGAGGCAAAGUCUGCCCGUGAGCAGGCUCAAGCUACGGCGAAGCAGACCGACACCAUCAUGGUCUUCACGAUUGUAACGAUUGUCUUUCUCCCCCUCUCCUUCCUGACUAGUCUUUUUGCUCUGAAUAUCAGCAACUUCCCCCACAAAGGCGACGAAGUGCUGUACCAGGGGUGGUGGAUAUUUCCAAUUCUUUUCGGCGUCUCGGUCAUCGUCUCGGGAUUCUUCAUGGUCGUCGCGUUCAAGGCAAGCGAUCUGAAAGAAUAUCUGGGCUUGGGACCUGAGUCUGAGGACGGCACUGCGAAGAAGAGUCUCCGGUGGUCGGUGCGAAUGCCUUCGUUUAGACAGCGCGGGACACCUGCUGCUGCUGAUAAUCAUGAAGCAGAUUCGGAGGAUUCGCGGAGUGGUGACAAGAAGGGGUGGUUCGGGAAGUAUCCUUGA